UCGACUUUCUCCUCAGCCUCCUUGAGAGUGAAGUUGAGUGAACACGCUUGGAGCCUUUUCUCUUUCUGGACCCAUGUGGCACCUGUCCUCCCGCACUUGUGUUUUCUGCGGAAACGGGAGAAUUACUAUUGGUUGCCAAAUCGCAUACAGAAUUUCAGUGCAAAAUAUGUCCUGGUAGACAGUUGUAGAAAGUAGAAACCUCUACACGUUCCGUUCUUACCUGCGGAUCUACUGCAACGGGAAUCUGCAGAAGAUCAGAGGAAUUUGUCACAGAAGUGCAAGAUGCUGAGAAUUCAAACAAUCAUUUGCACUUUAUCGGUGCUUUCACUUGCAGCAAAAGCCGAUCCCAAAACCCGAAACUGCAGUGAGGUUAGGGACGCCUGUGUUGUUAAAGGCUUCAGCUUUGCACAUGUUCCACUCCAAGAGAUAUCAGGUGAACUGCUCCGUGUUUGUCCCCAGAGCAACACCUGCUGCACCCCUGAAAUGGAAGACAAGUUCGGCCAGCAGAGCAAGUUGGAGUAUGAGAAUCUCAUUGAUGAAACGAGUCACGAAUUGCGAAGCACCUUUGUAUCCCGACAUAAAAAGUUUGAUGAAUUCUUCCUGGAGCUGCUGGAGAAUACUGAGAGGUCCCUGAAUGAGAUGUUCGUGAGGACCUAUGGCAAGCCUUACAUGCAGAACUCCGAAGUAUUCCAGAACCUGUUUGCUGAGCUAAAACGCUAUUACACAGGAGGAAACGUUAACUUGGAGGAAAUGCUCAACGACUUUUGGUCUCGUCUGCUGGAGCGUAUGUUCACCCUGCUCAAUUCCCAGUACAUUAUCACAGAGGACUAUCUGGAGUGUAUCAGUAAGUACACGGACCAGCUCAAACCGUUUGGAGACGUGCCCAGGAAACUCAAGGCUCAGGUUACCAGGGCCUUUAUUGCGGCACGAACAUUCGUCCAGGGCCUCUCUGUUGGACGAGAGGUAGCCAACCGAGUUUCCAAGGUGAGCAGUACCCCAGCCUGCAUCCGCGCUCUUACCAAGAUGCUGUACUGCCCCUACUGCCAGGCCAUGCCUGCUGUCAAGCCCUGUAACAACUACUGCCUCAACGUCAUGAAGGGGUGUCUCGCCAACCAAGCAGACCUGGACCCAGAGUGGAACCACUACAUCGAUGCCAUGUUGCUGGUGGCACAGAGACUGGAGGGACCUUUCAACAUUGAAUCUGUCAUGGACCCUAUUGAUGUCAAGAUUUCAGAGGCCAUCAUGAAUAUGCAGGACAACAGUGCCCAGGUCUCCUACAGGGUUUUCCAAGGCUGUGGCCAGCCCAAACCCUCAGGAAUGGGCAGGUCUACCCGGGGCGUUUCGGAUGUGUUCAACGCCCGCUUCAGGCCCUACAGUCCAGAAGAGAGGCCGACCACUGCAGCUGGUACCAGCCUGGACCGACUGGUGAUUGACAUUAAGGAGAAACUGAAGCUCUAUAGGAAGUUCUGGUCCAGCGUGCCUGAAGCCAUCUGUCAGGAGGACCGGGUCACUGCAGGGGACGCCAGUGAUGACCAGUGUUGGAAUGGUCACACCAAGGGCAGGUAUUUCCCAGAGGUCCUCAAGGAUGGACUAACCAAUCAGGUCAAUAACCCAGAGGUGGGCGUGGACAUCACCAGACCAGACACAUUGAUACGCCAGCAGAUCAUGGCUUUGAGGGUGAUGACCACCAAGCUAAAAAAUGCCUUCAAUGGCAAUGACAUCUACUUCCAAGACUCAAGUGACGAGGGGAGCGGCUCGGCUAGUGGCAGCGGCUGCAAGGAGGCCUGUGUCACAGAGUUUGACUUUGUCAGCACCGAGGCCCCCGUGGUGGGGGCGGAUCGCAGCGGCCCCAUCGACGACUCCGCCACGCUCCCCGCCCCCUCGCUAGUCCUGUCGGCCACGCUCACCCUAGCAGCCCUGGCACUGCACCGGCUCUGGAGAUAAUGCUGGGGGAACCGGCCCCCAUGUGGACAGCAGGAUUCCUCUUUCCGUUGUUUUUUUUUUGUUUGUAUUCAGACUGGGGCUGUGGU